CCCCAAUAUCACCCACCAAAACAAAUAUCUAAUCUGUCGCUUUGUGCAAAACUUCUCCACUGGAAGAUAAUGAUAUCAAUCUUCCCCCACUCCUAUUGCCACCCGUCUCAAUAAAGAGAGAUUUUUCUGUUUCUGGGAGACUGUCGAGCUUCAUAAAUGCCGGAGAUCAGCUAACUCUCUCUCUCUCUCUCUCUCUCUCUCUUUGUUACUUGGGUAGGCUCAAUUUGUGGUGAGGAUAAUUAAGUCAUGCCCAUGGAAAGGCAGCAACAGCCCCAUCUCCGCCGCCUCCUCCGGGGCGCCGACGCGGGUCUGCAGCCGCCGCCGGUGGCGGCGGCCAACGCAACCAAGACGGGCACUUCAUUAGCCAGUACACCUACAGAUACCAACUUUGAUAGCAACAUGGUGAUAAUAUUGGCAGCUUUGCUCUGCGCAUUGAUAUGCGCUCUGGGGUUAAACUCAAUUGUGCGCUGUGCUCUGCGAUUCACCCAGAGAUUUGAGUUGGAGAACCCAGAUGGCGUUGGCGCGAGACUGGGCUCGACCGGGCUGAAGAAGGACACCCUGAGCCAGAUUCCGGUCGUGGUCUACAACUCCGGUGUGGAAACUCCGGCGACCGAGUGCCCGAUUUGCCUGGGGGAAUUUGCAGACGGAGAACAGGUAAGGAUCUUGCCUAAAUGCAACCAUGGAUUCCAUGUCAAGUGCAUAGAUACAUGGCUGGUUUGCCACUCUUCUUGUCCGACUUGUAGACAGCAGCUGCUUGAAUUAAAUCAUCCUUCAACUUUAGAGGAGAGGGCUUCCAGAAUUUAGCCAGAAAUCAGAAGGAAAGAAAGACAAAGGUGCUAGAAUUUAGUGUUUUUGUUUAUGCAAGUUUUGGGAGAUUAAAAUUUCUAUGAAUGCACAGUUUGUUGAGCCUUUUUGUGGUUUCAA